ACUUGCAAAAAUUUCAUUUGAUGUUUCACAACACCACAAAUUGGACGCGCAGAGGCUUGAGCUUAAAAAAUAUACUUGAAUUAUGCGAGACGUGCGAUAUAUUCCGUUUAUUUUUUUACUUUGUAUUAAUGUUUCAUUAUAUACUGCUAGUAGCAUAUCGGUUCAAGAAGGUGAAGAUGUGGAUUUACAGCCCUUUAUWAAAGUUGGCAGCAAGUAUUAUUUAGUGACUCAAGGCUUAAAGCUGGAUUGGUUUGGAGCUGCUCAUUUUUGUCGUUCUUUCGACAGUGAUUUGCUAACGAUUGAAUCCUUGGCCGAAAAGAAUGCUUUAUUUUCGUACUUAAAGACGAUGUUUAGUGAUAUGCAUGCUUGGACAAGUAGCAACGAUUUGUCGGUGGAAGGAACAUACAUGUCGUUGAAUAGUGGACGUCCAAUGCUGUAUACAUUCUGGGGACAGAACGAACCCAACAAUGCGGGAGAUGCAGAGGAUUGUGUACAAGUCGCGCUAUCCAAUGAUAUCUUUGUAAUGAACGAUAAUAAUUGUGUAAAACMAUUGCAARUUAUUUGCGAAAAGCGUUCACCGUUAAACGCUCGUAAUUCCGCCACAAAAUCAAACUGUGUGAAUGUAACAGAGGAAUGCGGUUUCACAAAAUUAGUUGAAGUAUUUCUACAAUCUGCAAAUAUAUUAAACUGCAGGGCGUAAWAAUAUGUGAAUAAACAUCUUUGUUUUUGGUUA